AUGGACCGUUUUAGAGGUCGAGGCGCACAACAUGUCACAGAUGAUAUACCGCCGCCCAAGAUUAGAGAUGUCAAUAAAUUUCAAAAAUUCGAAUCUGGACGUGAAGAUCAGCAUAAACUUCCCGAAAGACCAUCUACAUCAGGUGGAACCAAAAAAUCAAAAGGGAAUGCUCUGAAGAGGGCCAAUACUGUCAAGAGGGAAACACGGGAUGAUCUAUUCUUCAAUCCACUAAGAGCGCAUGGAAUAGAUGGUUCUACUUUUUAUGACUUCCCUUUACCUUCUAGUCGUCGGCCUCCGCCUUCACCAAUCGUACCAGAAGGGAUAGAUGGUCCUGAUUUUUAUAACUUUCCUUUACCUUCUACUCGGCCGCCACCUUCACCAGUCGUACCAAAAGGGAUAGAUGGAUCUACUUUUGAUAACUUUCCUUUACCUUCUAAUCGACCGCCACCUUCACCGGUCGUACCAAAAGUGAUAGAACCUUUACCGCGACCCAAAAGUCCUGAUUCUAUCAAGGCAAGUGAAACCCUUCAUCCUAAUGUUAGUGAAGUGGAGAUUGGUAUGGCACUUGGAAGCCCUUCUCAUCCACCAGAGAAUACGCAACGGGAUCAACAGUCUUACGAAGUAGAAACACCAAGUACUCCCCAUCCAAUGGACGAGAUGUCUUGCAUUGCCGAUUCUAUUGAUGCUCCGAAGCAAAAGAAGGGACGGAAGUGGUUUGGAUUAUUUGGAAGUAAGAAGGAAAAGACAGCGACCCCAUUCUAUCAAGUUAAACCUGAGUCACAACAAGAAAUACCCAUGAGCCAUCCUUCUUCACCAGAGGCCGAGCGUGGUAGAUCUCGUGGUCGUUCAAGUUCAAGUACAACUAGAAAGAAACCUGAUAUUAAAAGAGCGCAAACGGCACCUAUGGCAAUCACGACACCUGAUUUACAUUUUCCAUUCCAACCUUCAUCUUUAUCAAGUAUCCAUGCUUCAACUUUGACAACUAUUGAAACUUCUGACUCAACAACUAUCCAAGAUUCAACGUCAACAACUAUCCAAGCUUCGACAUCAACAACUAUUCGAGCGGGAACUCCAGAUAUUCGUGUUCAAGAUUCUAUUCAAGUAGAAAUUCCACAAUCAUAUCCUAAAGCAUCGCUCGAAAGUCCAAAGCUUGCUCUGGCACUCCCUUCGGCAGAAAUGGAGAGAUAUAGUGUUAUGUUUGGGGAGAUCUUACAAAAUCCUUCGAUUAUCACUCCCUCAUUACUCCAAAGACGUCAAGCAACACUUAAUAGACUUAGGAAUGAAGAAGAAGCACUCGCUAAAAAGGAAGCAGAACUUGAGGCUCGUAAAAAGGCACUGUCGAAACGUAGGGGUACCUCACCAGAACCGAAUCAUAACAACUCAUCAUUCUCUCUCUUUCCAAGUACACCCUCACGACAAGGUGAUGAAAACUCACCAACACGAGAAAGGUCUCCGCUAAAUAGAUCUAACACCACUCCCGCUUACCUCUCACCUAAUAGACCCUCAUCCGCGAGGGGUUUAGGAAAUGAUAGACACGCAGAUCUUGUAUCCAACGACGAAACGCUUACCGAUUGUCACGGACAUGAACAUCAAGAUUCUUUUUCGAGUACAUCUACCAAGAAACCAAGUAAUCGAUCGAGGAGAUCAUCAUCGAGCUCUCCAAGGUCAAGACCGCAAAUUCAAAUGGCACGUACUUGGUCACCAGAUAAAUCCCAACCUUUUUCACCAUCCUCCGCGGAAGGCUCAGAGGCAGAUGCAGGUUUCACGAAUGGUCAAAGAAAAGAUGUUCUAUAUUGCGCAUCACCAUUAACGGCAACGAAAUCAAGAUUCGAUGAAAAGGGGUCAACAUGGCAGAUGAUAAAUUCCAAAAAACAAAAUCGUCAAGCACCGUCGUCGGUAUCUGGAUCAACAACAAGUGAAGCUAGCACUGUUUCAUCAUCACACUCUAAUUCAUCAUUUUCAAGUGUACCGGGUGGUUCAAUUACGAUUUCAAUGCCAAUGCCUGAGCAGGAAAACAUGAGAGAAAGAGGUCCAGUGAAAACAUCAGCAAACAAUCAGGCUCCUCGAAAUCCCAAAGAGAUGAAAAUCCCCAUCAAAUAUACACCUGGACCACGACCAAUAAUCUCAUCAUUCAACACUACAACUCGAUCCUCAGUUUCCGCACCUCGGCCUCCUCUCAAAUCUCCAAUGUUUGAAAAUCAAGGCCUUAGACCUAGACCCGCGAUUCAAAGAUCAGCUUCGACCGCAUCCCCUGUCACCAUCUCAAAUCGUCCUCCACUUCGAAUAUCUCCUAUGACAUCAACCAACAAUUCUUCAGCCAGCAUCUCCACACCGCGUAAAAUUCCUCUCCCAGUUUCCCCACGUCCGCAUCCCCAUCGCUUCAUCGCAACCCCAAUCUCAUCUCCGCAACCAGAACCUUCCUACAUUUCUCACCAAAAACAAGAAUCCACCUACUCUAUAACUCCAUCACUUCUCGAUGUUCAAAUAGAUGACCACCUCGACGUCCCAGGCGCCCACUCUCGCGAUCCCGAACAAAAACGUCUCGAAUCAGCAGCCGGUGUCUCAAUCGCACGUCAAAUUUCCGUCUCACGUCAACAACGUCAAUUACUCAUCCCCAUUAAAACUAGUGGUACAAUAUCCAGAAAAAACCCUGGUGAUAGGUCUCCGGGAUUGAAAAGUCCUUUUGAUAUACAGAGUGAACGAAGUCCUAUUUCUGCUGGAUUUGGAGCUAUGAGGACAAUGACGGGUGGGGAUGCUAGUGAAAAAAGGGAUUCACCGUUAGAAAGCUUCAUCGGGUCAAGUCUUCCUGGGGGGUUACUGUCGAAUCAAAAUGGGGGUGACGUACGCGGAAUUCGUAUUCCAAUUAGUCAUCCACAUAGAAGAACAGAAAUCCAACAAUCUUCUAUACCCUCAACACCGACUCUGAUGGUCCCAGACGCAGAAGAACGAUGGGGUACAGGAAAUUCGAACGGAUUGAUGAGUAGUAAAGACAAAGUGGAAGCAAUGAUGAAAGGGAGUAGAGGAAGUCCAGCGAUAGGGAAUAAUGAGUGGGAGGAUAAAAGCAUGAAAAUGAGUGUUAGCCCGAGGAUUGAAAUGGGGAGUGGAAAUCAAAGUAGGAGGAAUGAGAGAGUAGUUGUUGGGGAGGUUUGA